GCUGAUCGCCAGUGCCACCUCAUCUGUAGAGCCUUGAGUGAAGUCGCAGCUCGUGUGUAGUUUGUUUCUCCUCCUCUGUUCUUCUCUCAGCAGCAGCAGCAGCAGAGCGGGAAUCUCUUCGUCUGGUUUUAACAGUAGGAGCGCGGCGCGCGCAGCACUAGAAGCAGUUUACUAAACAGCGCGCAGCGGGUAAACAGCACAAGUUUACUACGAAAAAAAGACACCAGUGUGCACAUCUGUUGUGGAUCUUUCCUUGCUGUGAGCAAAAUUUACCUGAAAGAAGCGAAAAACUAUUGUAAACCAAGUCCGGGAAGGUUUGUCUAAUAAAAGGAAAAUGGCAGUGACACUCCUGGAUCUCAACUCCACUGGGUCACCUCCACUUUACUCCCCUUUGGAGAAUGGCCAAAACAUCUCAGUGAACCGUUCCACCUUUCGUCCAAAUUAUUAUACAAAUAUUACCUAUGUGGACUUCUAUCUACACGAGCCCUUUGUGUCCGCUAUCUUCAUUGUGUCCUACCUCCUCAUCUUUAUCGUGUGCAUGAUGGGCAACGGAGUGGUGUGCUUCAUUGUGUUAAGGAGCAAGAACAUGCGUACAGUCACUAAUCUCUUUAUUCUUAACCUGGCCAUCAGUGACCUGCUGGUUGGCAUCUUCUGCAUGCCAACAACAUUAGUGGACAACAUUAUCACAGGCUGGCCUUUUGGCAGUUUGGUGUGUAAGCUGAGUGGGAUGGUGCAAGGAAUAUCAGUAUCCGCAUCAGUAUUUACACUAGUGGCCAUUGCUGUGGACAGAUUCCGCUGCAUUGUCUAUCCCUUCAAACAGAAGCUCACCAUCUCCACCUCCACCCUCAUCAUCAUCAUCAUCUGGGUUCUGGCCAUCUCCAUCAUGUGUCCGUCAGGUGUAAUGCUACAGGUCACCAAAGAGCACAGAGUCUCCAUCCUGCUAAGCGAUGGCAACACUACGCAGCCCUUCUACUGGUGUCGUGAAAACUGGCCCAACCAAGAGAUGCGCAAGAUCUACACCACGGUACUCUUCGCUAACAUUUAUUUGGCACCUCUAACCCUCAUUGUCAUAAUGUACGCCCGGAUUGGAAUCACACUCUUCAAAACAUCCAUGCCGGCCCCAGUGAGCCAAGUUGGCACCUCAGGCUCCGGUUCUGGCUCGGGGAAACAGUGCAGAUAUGAAAGUCGCCAACUGGUGUCCCGGAAGAAGAAGCGGGUGAUUAAAAUGUUGCUGGUGGUCGCCCUGCUCUUCAUCCUGUCUUGGCUGCCAUUGUGGGCACUCAUGAUGCUGAGCGACUAUGCGAGUUUGAGCGAGCGCCAGCAUCGGGUCAUUAAUAUCUAUUUUUAUCCUCUGGCCCACUGGCUGGCAUUCUGUAAUAGCAGCGUCAAUCCUAUAAUAUAUGGCUUUUUCAAUGAGAACUUUCGCAAAGGUUUCAAGGCAGCUUUUAAACUGCAGCUGUGCUCAGGGCAUUCAGGCAAUAGGAGGACUUACUCGCACCGACUGCAGGGCAAUGCUGUUUUACCAGCCAAUUUACCACUAACCAAGCAAACAGCACUGGAGACUGGAGCUCCCAGACCAGGACAAGGACUCAUCCAGGGGCUGGUGUCUGUGAGCAAUGGGAAGGGUUUGGGUGAAAGAAGCCAGUCUUCAGGGAAAGAGAACAUGAAAGAACAGGAUCUGAUCAUGGAAGAUUUGGAGAAGGUGAUGUACGAUCUAUAGUUGCCUAAUGAUGGAGUCCAUUCAAAGAUACUCUGCACUCAGAUGACUUGGUGCUCAUGAAAGGCUGAUUUUUCUCUUCUCUUUGACUGCGGUACUGCUGAGAGGACACCAUGAGUUCAUCUUUCAUCUCCUGUCUUCUCUUUCAUCAUAUAGGCAAGGAUGUGCUCUGCUUUUCUUUCUCAUGAAAUUUAAGACAAUAAUCGAGCCAGACAGGCAGUCUCAGCUGGAAGGGUUAAAAUCCAGACAUCGUGUGCCACAAACACAAAAAGGCCAUUUUGUGGACUUGGUUUUGACCUAAUAAGAUGAGAAAUGAAAUGCCAUCUCACUGGAUCCCAAAUUAAGCCCAGUGUCAUUCUCGGAUGUUUGAGCUGAUUGCAUUCGCCCUGUUUAACCUGAGGAAUACACCCCGAGGUUCAUGUAAAAUUACACUUAAUGUCAAGGCCACAACUCAAAUGGAUAAUCCCAAGAAAAAGGCCAUGAGUCUGAACCACAUUUCAAACAGACUGAAGUGCCUGAAUAGGGGAGGCUUGCAGAGGCAACUCUGCAUCUUUCAUUUUAAUGGUAAAAUGAUGCCAUUUUAUUAAAAUGGCCUGCUCAAUUUCCCUCUUCUAUCCUAGCUGUAAAAUGACUAGCAUUUCUUUUUUAGACUGCCUGCUCAACAGGUUCACUUAUUAACCAACACUGAAUGAUUGCCAGCUAAAAAGCUCGCUGGUCUUUUGCUGGUGUGUUUACAGGGUGAAUGUAGCAGGUCUUGGUCUGUUGCUAUUUAAAUGAGAAGCAUCAUGACUUCGAAUCUGAAUUAGCAUAAAAUAGUUUGCAGUGUAACAGGAAGGGCAUUUUGCCAGUGAGUUUCACAAACACUCAACAGUUUGUGCCCUGACAUGAGGGACAGUGCCUGAGGACCUUUUCAGACUCAUGCAUUCAUUGUAAAAGAGUCGCCGAACAAGAGCUCUGCCUUAAAAUGAGGGCGUCAGCGAUCGAGCUAUCGAACGCUUGUGUAUGGGGAGUGAGCCAAGAAACACAUCCACAUGAGCAAAACGGCAAGUGUCCAAACCAUCACAGGUCAUUGCCACUGACAUUUAUGUCUGUCAUUUUGGUGAACCAGGAAUCUGGUAUUUGUUUGACCUCAUUUCUAAAAGAAAUUUGGUUGUCUCUUUUUGUAUUGUACACCUGGCAAAGUGCACACUUUAUUGCUGCUAUACAACUUUGUUUUCUAUGAUGCUUUGAAACACUUUUCAUUUUUGUAAAAUAUCCUCUUGGCAUCUUACUAUGCUUGCAAUGCUGUAUAUAAAAUCAAGAUUCAAAAGUAUGUACUAAUGGAGGUUGGUCUGGAAAUGUGGUUUGACUAAAAACCCUGUAUGUGUUGUCUCUGAAUGGUUUCCUGACAGCAAAACAUACAUCUAAUGAAUGUUACUGUAUAUUACAGCUGCACCUGUUAAACAUUACAUUGUUUAAUGCUAAAAUUACAAGGACAAAUUAUACCAUCACAAUUGUUAUAUAAUGUGCAUCACUGAGACAAAAGCAGGACCUUGUUGAAAUGUGCAGCUGGUUAAUGGACACAAUGAAAAACAAGGUGUCAGAAUACUCGUCAAACACAUGUUUGGAGAGAGGAUUUUUUGGAUGUUGGCACUGUUGAUUUCUCCACUGGAAUAUGCAUCUCAAUGAGGCAGACAGGGAAAUGUAACCUGUAUUCUGUGCAGUUUUUUGAGAUACCGCUGCGAACACAGAAGAUGGGAAUAUUAUACAGAAAGAAAAACAAAAUUAUAUGAAAAUAGCACCUUCUCCUUUUCUGUUUCAAAGUUCCUAAAUGUCUUGCAUAACAGCCGAUGGUGCAGUCACACAGUGUUCUGCAUUGAAAUUAUUCAGCCUUACUCUUUUUUUUUUCACAACCUGGAAAACAUCAGAUGAGUGAGUUGAUGACAAGUAUGUGAUAUAUUUAUAGAUAAUUCCCAUGCCAGUCAUAUCAUCAAGGACUUCAAAAGUCUGUCUCCACACAUUACCGUGAAAUGUAACACACAAUAUGCCAGAAUAAUUUCUAAACAAAAGUCAUCACCACAACUCUCAUUAGAUACACCGAUUGCCAUAGCAACAAGCAGUGUCAUGUGAUGUAUGUUUGGGAUUGUGCAGUAGCCUGCAAAAAAAUAGCUUUUUUCUAUAAAUCUAAUGUAAAUCUUUGAUAGACAGUUUAUUAAAGAGCCCCUAUUAUAGGUUUUUAUAUAAGUCCUCCCCUAUAAGUCCUCCCAUGUGGUGUGUAACACAGCUCUAAGUGAAUGAAAACAUCUGAAAGUGUUUAAGUCUGAAAGUUUAAAACUAUAGAUUCUAUAACAAAAUGGUCAAUUUAGAGUUGAAUAAAUAAAUCGAGUUGGGUUCAGAUCUUUUGCAUGAUCGCAUCGACGUUGAUACAGUACAUCACCAAUUAUGAAGUGCUAGAUCGAGUAAAACGUGAAUUCACCUUUCCCUUCAUGACAUGAGGAUGCCAAUCCCUGACAAAUGGAGAUUCGACUCUGUGGAAUAAAAGGGUUCAUUUUCACAACAAUACCAUAGUGUAGCCAACCUGUGUUUGUUCCUGUAAUUUUUCUGAGGAUUAAUACAAUAAUUUACGCUGCAGCACUGGAUUUGCUGGCCAUUUGCUAUUAAAGGAAGGAUUAGCAGAGACUUUUAUUCAUGGGACUUUGUCAGUAACUGUUACAGUUUAUAUGGACCAGUUUUAUUUUUCCUCUGAUCGUAACAUGUAAGUGUGAUUAACAUUACUGCCUCAUUUUCUGUAGUUUGCAAUAUACAUACUUAACCCUCGCAUUGUGUUGCCAUAUGGCAACAUGAUAUCUAUGUUCAUUUCACUGCCACUGUUUCUUUAAGACUAAUGUUCUAAAUUUUUUUGUUGGAAAGAGAAGACUGUAGUGGAGCCAAUGAUAUGACAAGCUGUGUUUUUCUGUGGUGUGAUUUCUGACAGACUGGCGUUUAUUCUCAGUAAUUGCUGAAUGCAAAUGAAAACAUCAAUAAAAAACAAAGGAUCAAAUUAUGUCAGAUCCACAAAAAAAAUCUGAGACAUCACCUCUAGUAAGUUAUAAUGACAUAUUCACAACUCAAUU